CUUCUCGAAGGGUCAACAUGCCUGCGGCCAGCGUAAAAUCAGGGCAAGCUGUCCCGCGACAAGCUGCCGACAACGCGCGGCGCAAACGCGUCCUUGCGGCGUUCGAAAGAGCCGCCACCGUCCAUCGCGUCGCCAGAGUGCUCAAGUCCUCUACACUAGUCUCAAACUCAAUCGAUCAAGUCAGCGGACUUGUGCACUGUGCCUAAUUUCGAUGGAAUGUUCCAUGACGUCUCCUUUUUCCCAUAUCUCGUCCAACAGCUAUGUCGCCCCGUAUAUAAAUGGCCAGCGCGAACAGGAUGUACUUGCAUUCUCCAACCUCCGAAUCCCUUCGCAUCCUCUGCUCCAUAGCUUCGUACGUGUCCCUCCAGAAAGAUGACCGUAACCAAGACUGCCAAGCUUGGCGGAACCGCUACCGAUGUUACCGUGGGCAAGGUCGCCCAUGGUCUCAUGAUGAUGACGUGGAGGGAUCCCAAACACCCCCUUCCAGACGAGGAGGCAUUCGAGGCUAUCAAGGCUGGUGUCGAUUCCCUGCCGCCUGGCGUGAAAAUGUUCCUCAACAGCGGCGAGUUUUAUGGCCCGGACCAGUCGCCGGCGAAUCUCGAGUUACUUGCGCGAUUCUACCAAAAGUAUCCCGACUACGCUGACAAGACCUUUCUUUCGGUCAAGGGAGGGCUUGCUGCCCGGCAGUUGGUCCCGGAUGGCUCCGCAGAAAACCUCAGGCGAAGCGUCACCUUCAUCAACGAGAAGCUGGGCGGUAUCAAGAAGAUGGAUCUCUUCGAGACGGCUCGUGUGCCCUCUAAUGUUCCCCUUGAGGACGUAAUCAAGACUCUUGUUGAACUCAAGAAUGAGGGUCAUUUCCAGCACCUCGGCUUGUCGGAAUGCAGCGCCGCAACCCUCAGAAAGGCUCACGCCAUCCAUCCGGUCACGGCUGUUGAGAUCGAAGUCAGCCUGUGGUCGUAUGAGGAGGAGACCAAGAAGGUCAUCGAAACCGCGAAGGAACUUGGCGUCGCUGUCGUUGGAUACUCACCUUUGGGUCGAGGCUUCUUGACUGGCAGUAUCAAGAGCCUCGAUGAUUUGCCUCAGAAUGACAUGCGUCGCCGCAUGACGCGGUUCCAGGAAGAGAAUUUCAAGCACAACCUCGCCCUCGUCGAUGCCGUCAAGGCCAUCGCGGAAAGGAAGGGUAUCACUCCGGGCCAGCUUGCUAUCGCCUGGGUCGCCUCGCUCGGACCGCACGUCAUCCCCCUCCCUGGAUCCUCCGUCAAGAAGCGUACCUUGGAGAAUAUCGCGGCCGGCGAGAUCGAGCUCACCGCCGCUGAGCUUGCAGAAAUCGACGAGAUCCUCGCGAGGACGCCUAUCAAGGGUGGUCGUUACUUUGACUCUGUUGACCCCAAGGUCCUCCACCUCUGGGGUUGAUAGAGGAUCCUCGCGAGCGGAGUGUUGGCCAAGUCGAUUAACGUGGCCUUGAAUAUACUGUGUUAUGUUUGCCAGACAUCAUUUCGUCUUUGACGAAGCACGCUUUGUGAAGCCCCAGCCUCGUACUUAUACAAUCGUCGUGAUAUCUCCAGGGUUUCCUGUGCAAUAUACCUCUGCACGCCACGUUUCACGAUCCGCUUGAGUCGUGCUAUUCGUUGCUUUGUCGGAGUAAACGAAUAUUCUGGACUCAUUCUCGAGGAGGAGCCUCGGAACUGGCCGGUGCCAAGAACGCGGAGAUCUAUUCCCGAUGUCUGGUAUACAUAUCUCGGAAUGCGAGCAUAUCUAAUCUCUCCGUUCCGUUCCUCGAGAUAUUAUUAUUUGAUAAACCAUGCUGCCCCCGUCCGAGUCAUUACCCCGCUGCUCUCUCUUCCUUAUAGGCACUCAGCAACCAAGUUUUGACCCGCGGCCGCCCAUCCAGCACCCCUUCUGACUGCACGUCAUCCUACGCGCUAUGUGCGGAAUCGUCAUUGCACACGGCAUUGAUAACCCCAGCGCGGAGCGCCCCAAGCUCAUCGCCUGCUCGAAGAAAAUCCGCCAUCGCGGUCCUGACUGGUCCGGUUGCUACAGCGGCAAGCAGACCAUCCUCGCUCACGAACGUCUUGCCAUUGUCGGUGUCGACACUGGCGCUCAGCCCCUCGUUAGCAACGAUGGCAAGAUCAUCCUCGCCGUGAACGGCGAGAUUUACAACCACAUCAAGCUGCGCGCGAGCCUCAAGAACUCGUACAAGUUCAAGACACACUCGGACUGCGAGGUCAUUAUUCCCUUGUACCAAGAGCACGACAAGGAGCUAUGCAACCUCCUCGAUGGCAUGUACUCGUUCGUUCUCCUCGACGAGUCCGUCACGCCCUCGCGUAUCAUCGCUGCGCGCGACCCGAUCGGCAUUACUACCCUCUACCAGGGCUGGAACUCCCAACGCCCCGGCGCGACGUUCUUCGCGUCCGAGCUGAAGGCGCUUACCGAUCUGUGCGACAAGAUCAUCUCCUUCCCCCCUGGCCACGUCUACGACUCGCGUGACCAGUCGACGACGCGCUAUUUCCAGCCUACGUGGUGGAACGGGGACCUUGAUGGCCCGGAAGCCGUCAUUCCGGACAAACCUGUGGACCUGAAGCUGCUGCGCGAGAGCUUGGAGGAGGCCGUCAGGAAGCGCCUCAUGUCCGAGGUGCCGUACGGUGUGCUGCUCAGCGGCGGUCUGGACAGCAGUCUGAUCGCGUCCAUUGCCGCGCGCGAGACGGAGAAGGUCGCUAUGGCUCAGGCGGAGGCGAGAAAACGGAGGCUGCAGGAAUCGAAAAGCGGUCCGCCCACACCUGGAGAGGAUGGCGUUGACGAGGCUCAGACCAUCAUGGCGUGGCCCCAGCUGCAUUCAUUUUCCAUCGGUCUGGAGAAUUCGCCCGACCUGCUCGCCGCGCGAAAAGCGGCGCACUAUCUGGGAACUGUACACCACGAGUAUACUUUCACUGUGCAGGAGGGCCUCGAUGCCAUUCCCGAUGUGAUUUACCACCUCGAGACAUACGACGUCACGACGGUUCGCGCGAGCACACCUAUGUACCUCCUCAGUCGGAAGAUCAAGGCCAUGGGUGUUAAGAUGGUUCUCAGUGGAGAGGGUAGCGACGAGAUCUUCGGCGGAUAUCUAUACUUCCACGCUGCUCCGGACCCGAGAUCUUUCCACCAAGAGUGCGUGAAGCGGGUCAAGAACCUACAUACUGCUGAUUGUCUUCGCGCUAACAAGUCAACAAUGGCUUGGGGUCUCGAAGCUCGUGUACCGUUCCUAGACAAGGCGUUCCUUGAGGUCGCCAUGAACAUCGACCCGAGGGAGAAGAUGUUCAGCAAGGGCUCGGCACAGGAGGUCGACGAGGACGGUCGCCCCAAGAUGGAGAAGUACAUCCUCCGAAAAGCAUUCGACUGCUCGCCAGAUGGCAAGCCUUAUCUUCCCAAGUCCAUCCUCUGGCGGCAGAAGGAGCAAUUCUCCGACGGGGUAGGAUAUUCGUGGAUCGAUGGUAUCAAGGACCAUGCAGCCGCCGUGGUGUCCGACGAGGCCUUCGCGAAGCGGGCGGAACGCUGGCCUGAGAGCACACCUGAUACCAAAGAAGCGUACUUCAUCCGCGACGUCUUCGACAGUAUGUUCCCUCCGGCUGCGGCUGCGACCGCCGUUAGGUGGAUACCGCGUGGCGACUGGGGAUGCUCGUCCGACCCGAGCGGCCGGAGCGUCAGUAUACACAAUGCCGCGUACACAGCAGCUGACAGUUAAGAGGUCGCUAGGUGGAUGGGGGUCGAAGGGUAGAAGCAUUGCCAAGUGAGCGUGUGUGCAUGCCAUGUCCGUGCGGAGGGUUGGGGGGUAACCAGAGCGUAAUGCAGGUGCAUAUAUGCGCAUACUCGGAGGAGACUGAGAUGUCGAUGGAUAAAGAAAUCCAGGUGGUGAUAACCUUGGCAUGCAGCUGUUUAACGGGGGACGGUGAGCUGUGAGAUGGACAGCAAGAGUGAGCGAGCGGACAGGACGACGAACGAUAAUUAGCGGGAACGCGUGCCUGAAUAAAGAGAAUAAGGAGUGAUACGGUAUCGUGAAUUGUGGGGUACUGGAUGACAAGUAACAACGAACAAUGGGCAAUAGACGAUGAGAGUAGACGAGAACAUGAACAAGGAUGUAACAGCAUAUCAGCACGACAAGAACGGCCUGUGCAAAGAUCAUAGAGAUGGGACAGAGUUGGUCGUGAACUAUUCCGUAAAGGCGUAAAAGAAGCGUGAGAAUAUUGGUUAUGGGACAGGAAAAGCCAUAGCAUAAUCUAUGGAAUCAAACGAUUCAAGGAAGGGUCUUGGUUGACGAUGUUACGGAUGAAACCCACGCCGGAGUCUUCCGAAGGUGCAGGAGAACCGAGGGUUUUGUUGGUAUUGGGUGUUGUCGUGACGCGUGUGGCUGCGCUUGUCUGCGAGACGUUACGGGUGCGUUUGGUGGGUUGAGGGGUGCCGACCGCGCGAGUACUGCUAUCCCAAGUCGGACGUUCCCGCGUAACGGUCACCUUGACGGAAUGUCCUUCGUCGGAGUGAGGCGUCACCUUGCGAUUGACCGGCGUCGACCCUGUGCGCCGACUCGCCGGACGAGGUACGUGAUGUGGGGCGUCCUGAACAAGGCGGGUGCCGAACUUCGCGUUCGCAGACGAUUCCCGCGCGUAUGCCGUAGUCGGCGUUGCUGUUCGACGACCACCGUUGACAGGAGGAGGCUUGGGUUUCACGAUGGGCUUCUGGAGCGUCACCUUGUCCGCGCCCCAAUAGGAGAAGCUCAUCUUACUCUUGCGGUCGGAGUCGUCCGAAUCGUUUGCGGCUUCCUCCUCCUCUUCCGUAGGCAUAGGAACUAUGCGGGGCUGAACGCCCGAAUGUACCUGCUGUCGUGACUUGACAACAUCCUCCAUAGAGACAACUCCUUCCCGAGGUUGCACAACAUCACCGAUAUCCCAAGUCUCGAUCUUCAAGAACUUGUAUAGAUUUCGGGGCUUGGUACUUGGGCCUCUUCGCCCUGUCGUGGCGUACUUCGCCUUCCCUUGGAGCUCGGGAAGUGAAUUCGCGCGUGAAUUCCCAUUGCCCGACACCAACGGCAAUGACGUAGUGCCUGUCCGCUGACAGCGCAACACAACAUCGUUGAACACAACCAGCCACAAGUCCUUCUUGCCUCCAACCCCGUUGUUCGACUGGAGGACAUCGCUAAGCCGCUUGAAAGACGACUUGCCCUUGACGUUCUUGGGGUUCUGUGACGAGGGCGGAGGCGACGAGCUGGACUUCGUCCGGUCUGUGAGUGGGUUGACGCCAACGAGAGGUCGCUCCUCAACAAGCACCCGUGACGGCUUGGGAACCAUGAGCUGCUUAACCUUGUCGAGGCCCUCAAUGCGCGCGAAGACGUCGCGCGUCUUGUCGCGCUCCUCCUUUUGGAUCUUCUCGUCCUCAAUGCUCCGGACGAUCGUCUCCACCUCGGCGACCAUCUGCAGUGUGCUCUCGUACUCGAAAGUGCUCGGAUCGGUAUGGUAGAGGAGGUUCUGGAAGAGAAGGGGGUACUUGAGCAGCCGUUGGAACGGCUUAGACAGCGAGAUGGCCAGUCCAGUCUCGCCCUUUUCCGACGCAGAGAUCUCGAGCUUCUGCAAGUACUGGCAGAUCUUGAGCCACUGGUCCGCAUCCUGCUUCUUCGGUUUCUUGCUAGCACUUGCGGUCGACAGGGCGUUGUCGACUUGCUCCAACGCGCGUUCCAGGUGCAAGACGUAGGUGGCGUAUCCAUGAAGGAUAUGUGAGUUGGUCACGAAUACGUCCGCCAGUGACCGAACGAGUGGGUACUGAUCCUCGUACCUCUUUCGGAGGCCUUCACUGAGACGGAUGUGGCCAUCUAAAAUGCCGCCCUCGAUAACUUCUAGGCACUUGCGGAGGUCUUCCGGUAGCUGCGCUGGAGGCACCGCUCCAUUGAUCAUGGAUUCGGAGCCCGUAAUGCUCUUCUUGAACUUUCGGAGCACACGGGUAGUACCAGUGCCCGUCGUCUUCAUAGACGGAGGCGACUGCUCGUAGUCCCUAUGAGAGGAAUCGCCCAUGAACGACUGUCUUCCCAGAGACUGCGUCGAGGAAGUCAUCAAGUUCGUCCGGGGCGGUGGGGGCAACGACUGAUGUGACCGGGAAGGGAAGGGCACUGAAGUGCCAAGCUUGCUCUUGGCCGACCUCGCCGCAGUCGUGCCGUAAGGAGAUCGAGGGUGGUUGUGCUUUGCCGCCAGCGACAUAGUAACGGUCUUCUGCCGUGAAGAGUGGAAGGCGGCACCCAUCCGGUCUUCAGCUUCCUCUUCCUCGGCAGAGUCCAUCGAUUCUCCGUCGAUGUUGGGGUGAUUAUCCUCCUUUCGUGAGUUGUCGUUUACCGGGAGCGGUGAAUCGGAGCGGUCGCCGGUAGGGGAAUUGAGGAAGCGGGCGGCGAUGGGAAGAUGCUCUAGUGACUCUCGAGGGGUAUCGGAACGUGCGAGGUCAUCGUAGACGUCUAACGGUGUUGGAGACGACACCGGGGACGAUGUGAUGUACGGGUGAAGGAGGGGCUCAAUAAAAGUCUCCUUCAUCUUCAGUAGCUCAAUCACGUAUCGUUCUUCACUGGCGACAAUUUCCCAUAACACCUCCUGCCUUGUCCGUUCUCGCUGUCCGAGGUUGGUGACGAGGUCCUCCUCCGCGCCUUCGCUCCAUGACUGAACGGCAAGUAUGCGGCUGCUGGUAUUGCUCAUCGAGGAGUACGGAGUGCCCGAACGUAAAGACUGGUGUAGCGACGCUUCGUAGCUCUUGGCUGGGUACGGAGAGGUGGUUGUCCGUGUGGAAGUGGCCUUGUUGGACUUGAGCGUCGAGGCGACGUCCGUCCGGGACGACGCAGCAGUGGAAGUUGACCCACGCGUUUCCUUGCCAUGGGCAGCAUGGAAACGCGACACAGUGGACUUGGCCGCACCGUUGGUGGGAAUGGGCGUGUCCGCGUCAGGAAGGGCGCGAUCUUGGAGGGGACCCGGUGUUGGAGGAGGAGAUAAGAACGCGACCUUCUUCUGCGCAUCCGAGCUCGUCCCGUUCGCAGUCUUGCGCGAGCUGCGAACAGUAGAAUCUGUCGAGCCCUCGACGCGUGUCGGCUGAUGCCCUUCGGAGGACGGCGCGGACGGGGGUUUAGGCUCUGCUGCUGCAGGAAGAUUCUCCUUGGUUUCAGUGGCAGGCAGCGAUGGAUGUGCAGCGAUCGGUGUUGUGGUAAGGGACGAUUCGGUGGAAGACGACGACGGCUCGCCAAUGGGAGGCAGUGGACGUAUGGACAGUUCGGGUAGAGGUUUGUAUGAGUUGACGGAGGUGGGUGUCGACGCUACGCGUUGUGUUGUUGGAGGC